AUGACCACAAAUGCCGAUCCAGCUCCUCCACCGUUUAAAAAGCAAAAGAGAGAACCAAAACCUAAACCACCAAACAAAGCCGGCUCGGAAAAGACCUUCGCAGGCAAUAAAACCAAAGAGUGUGCUAAGUUUGAUACGCUUCUGAGAGCUGUUUACAACAUGCCAUACGAAAUUGCAGCAUGUCAUGAAAUCUUUGCCCUCACAGAAAUAGCCAAUUAUUAUGGAAUGCUUCGAUCUCUCUCUGCUAGUAUCACAGGACCCAUUGUUUCAAACAAAGUUAUUGGAGCAUUUUUAGAGCCUUUGGCAGAAGACAUGCUUCCAAGGGCUGUCAAAUUGCGCAACAAGGCACUCUACAAAGAAUGCUUGAUAUAUUGUCUUGGUCCCUACAACGAACCAAGAUAUGAUAGUUUGAAAGACCAUGCGAAGAUCUAUCUAUCUGCGGAGAAAGUGUACCAAAGACUUUCAGUCAAGGUGUCCCAAAGAUUACAGGAUAUAUUGGAGAAUGUUGCUCGUGAAUUUAGUCCUGAAUGGGAAGAAGAUCAACUAAAAAAACUUAUUAAGGCAAUAGUCAAAUCCAGAGUCAUUGCACCCGAAGACGACGCGUCUAUCCCCGAAUUCUUUCGAAACCUUGAGGGACAAAACGAUUUUUAUGAUUGCGGUUGCUGUCAUGAUUUGCUAGACAAUCAGUUGGUAUUUAACAUAGAUGCUGUUGCAGGCAAAGGAGGGUUUCGCGAGUAUUUCCUCGUAGCUGAUCUAGAGGAAGAAGAUUACCCAUGGGACACCAAGGAGAUGGAUUGGUGA